CACAUUUCCCAUAUAACACUCACCAGUUCCCUAUUACUUUGCAUAAACUAAAAACAGAGGCAAAAAAACAGAGCAAUAAGAACAGUUCAAAAGAAGAAAAAAAUAAAAAAAAGGAGAGAAAUCUGACGCUAUUGAAGAGGCAGAAGAAAUAGCUGAAUUGGGGAUCAUCUGAGAAGCUACCUGCCCUGGUCGAUAUAUGGCUUGAUUAGAAUUCUGUGAAGAGAAUUUUUUUUUUUUAACUAGGAAUAGUGUGAUUGGAAAGAUGGGUUACAUUUGUGAUUUCUGUGGGGAUCAACUGUCGAUGGUAUAUUGUCGAUCUGAUGCUGCCUGUUUAUGUUUGUCAUGUGAUCGAAAUGUUCAUUCUGCUAAUGCACUUUCGAGACGCCAUUCAAGAACACUGUUGUGUGAAAGAUGCAAUUCUCAACCUGCUUUUGUUAGAUGUGCAGAAGAAAGAGUUUCCCUCUGUCAGAACUGUGAUUGGAUAGGUCAUGGUGCCUCAACCUCGAAUUCAACACAUAAGAGGCAAACUAUUAAUUGUUACUCUGGUUGCCCAUCAUCUUCGGAACUUUCUUCCAUGUGGUCAUUUUUCCCGCAGUCCCCUCCAGCAGGUGAAUCGAGUUGUGAGCAAGAAUUAGGUCUAAUGUGCAUCACAGAAAACAUAGAGAGGACUUCCUGGGGCGCUAUAGAAAAUACCAUAAAUCAGAAUAGUGCUGGUGUUGCUGAAGUUAAUCAUGACUCCAAUACCGAUAAGGGAAUCGGCUGGGGUGGGACUUCUUCAAUUCCUGAUCUCAGAUCUAUGCCUCGAGUUCUGGAUCAGCCGCCUGGACCAACAGGUGCAUCAUUACCCAAGUGUCCUGGAAUAUGUGAAGAUGCUCUGUAUGAUGACUUCAACAUGGAUGAAGUUGAUUUGAACCUUGAAAAUUAUGAAGAGCUCUUUGGUGUAACUCUCAAUCAUUCAGAAGAACUGCUAGGGAAUGGUGGAAUUGAUAGCUUAUUUGGGACGAAGGACAUGGCUGCUGCUGAUUCCAACUGCCAGGGUGCAUUGGCUGCUGAGGGAUCAUCUGUUGGACUGAUCAAUGCAAUCCAGCCAGAUUGCAGCAAUGCAGCAUCUGCUGAUUCCAUGAUGAGCAGCAAAACCGAUUCAAUUCUGUGUUUUACAGCAAGGCAAGCCCAUUCAAGCGUAUCAUUUUCUGGCCUUACUGGAGAGAGUAGUGCAGGAGAUUACCAAGAUUGUGGGUCUUCGUCAAUGCUUCUCAUGGGAGAACCUUCUUGGUGUCCUCCAUGUGCUGAGAGCUCUUUUCAAUCAGCAACUCGAAGCAAUGCGGUCAUGCGUUACAAGGAAAAGAAGAAGACACGGAACUCAGUAUCAUAAUCCAUAAACUGUGUAUUUUAGUCAAUCCUGCCAUUGAAGGAGUUCUUUUCACUUUGCUUCUCUAGUAAGGAAACAUGGACUUGCGUCGUGUGCCUGCAUCUGUGUAUAUUUAUCAACAAUCAAUUGGAAAGUCGCUAAACGUUUUAUUUUACUGCUGGUCUUUGUUUUCACCUAAUUUUUCUAAAAAUAAAUAAAUAAAUCAUUGUUCCAUUCUACAUGUUGAAGGAAUUUAUGUAUUUAACUUUGUCCUUGUUUCAUGAUAGGUUUGAUAAGCAAGUGAGAUAUGCCUCUCGCAAGGCAACAGCUGAUGUGAGAAAGCGCGUAAAGGGACGCUUUGUCAAAGCCGGUGAUGCCUAUGAUUAUGAUCCAUUGAACCAUACCAGAAGCUGCUGAGAGUACAGUUUUCUUAACCAUGUUUAAAACAAUGCAAAGGAAAGAAAAACAAGAUGUUAAUUAGAAAGAAAUGGUUUUCCUUACCUAAAAAUAAAGAUUGAUGCUUAGUACUCUUUCUUUCAACUAGUUAAAGAUUAAAUGACAAGCUGUAUGGUUUGAUCACAGGACUCCAGGUUUCUAUCAGAAGUUGGAUGCAAAAACCUGAAAAAAAAUUGCCAUGAAUAAAUCGCAGUGGCAUGGUCCCCCGUAUAAAGAUCGAUGGAUCACAUGACAUCUGGUGGCAAGAUCUUCCCAGAUUGUCUUUGCUGUCAAACCAAGCUGUGGGUUUCCAGCACCUGCGAUAAAACGUACAAGCAAGCUCACCUCAGUUCUUUUUAGUACAAAAUGAGAAUGCUAAUUGAUCCUCCCAAGUCUUAUUUUAUGUUCCAGUGUUGGUUUAUGCUAACAAGUUUUAACCUUAAGCUGUUCUCUGCGCUUCUAUAAAAGCAGCGGCGGCUGCUGCCGCCAUGACAUGCUAACUUAAAAUGUCCAAUCACAGCUGAAUUUCAUGCAGCUGUAAUUUUGUUCUUCUUGCUUCCUAUUCAUAAAUGCAUAGCUUAGAUCCUUUGAAUGUACAGUAUAGGAUUUAACUGUUUUGCACUUAGGAUGAAAUCUUGUUACCUGUACAAAGUAGAAAAAAAGCAAAAAUUCGUUACAUUCUUUUGUUUCCCCUAACUGAAUGCGAACAGAGAUUAUUUUUAUAUUUUAUAUAUGUAUGUUUUAAAA